CGUUAUCAUCCGGGUUGAUUUCCGGUCACGGACGACCAGGAUGGCGACUCACAUGUCGAGGUGCAGAACCUGGAGUCGGGUUCAAAGGUUCGGGAUCGCGGCCUACAGAAAGUACAGCAGCAGCAGCGGCGGUUACCCCAACAUAUCGCUCUCCACGCCUCUCCCCGGGAUCCCCAGUCCGGUCUUCGCCUCGGUGGAUGGUCAGGAAAAAUACGAGACCAGGAUUACAACCCUAGAAAACGGCCUUAAAGUAGCCUCCCAAAACAAGUUUGGUCAGUUCUGCACAGUAGGAAUUUUAGUCAAUUCUGGAUCAAGACAUGAAGCAAAGUACCCCAGCGGAAUAGCACACUUCUUAGAAAAACUUGCCUUUUCUUCCACGGCGCAGUAUGGGAGCAGAGACGAGAUCCUGCUCACACUGGAAAAACACGGGGGCAUCUGUGACUGCCAAACGUCCAGAGACACCACCAUGUACGCCGUGUCCGCCGAGGUCAAAGGUCUGGACACCGUGGUGGGCCUCCUGUCCGACGCCGUCCUCCAGCCUCGCCUGCUGGACGAGGAGAUCGAAAUGACCAAGAUGGCCGUGCGCUUUGAGUUGGAGGAUCUGAACAUGAGGCCGGACCCGGAGCCGCUACUCACCGAGAUGAUCCACGCCGCGGCGUAUCGGGGCAACACGGUGGGGCUGCCCCGCUUCUGUCCCGCCGACAACGUGGACAAGAUCGACCAGACGGUGCUGCACGGCUACCUGCGCAGCUACUACGUCCCCGAGCGCAUGGUGCUGGCCGGCGUGGGCAUCGAGCACGAGCAGCUGGUGGCCUGCGCCCGGAAGCACCUGCUGGGGGCCCGGCCCGCCUGGGGCCCCGGCCCCCCCGCCGGCGUGGACCUCUCGGUGGCCCAGUACACGGGCGGCAUCGUCAAGAUGGAGAAGGACAUGUCCGACGUGAGCCUGGGCCCCACCCCCAUCCCCGAGCUCACCCACAUCAUGAUCGGCCUGGAGAGCUGCUCCUUCCUGGAGGAGGACUUCAUCCCGUUCGCGGUGCUCAACAUGAUGAUGGGCGGCGGCGGCUCCUUCUCGGCCGGAGGCCCCGGAAAAGGCAUGUUCACCCGCCUCUACCUGAACGUGCUCAACAGGCACCACUGGAUGUACAACGCCACGUCCUACCACCACAGCUACGAGGACAGCGGCCUGCUCUGCAUCCACGCCAGCGCCGACCCCAGACAGGUGCGGGAGAUGGUGGAGAUAAUAACCAGAGAGUUCAUCCAGAUGGCCGGAAGCGCCGGAGAGAUGGAGCUGGAGAGAGCCAAGACGCAGCUCAAGUCCAUGCUGAUGAUGAACCUGGAGUCGCGGCCGGUCAUCUUCGAAGACGUGGGCCGGCAGGUGCUGUCCACAGGAAAGCGAAAGCUGCCCCACGAGCUGUGUCAGCUGAUAAGCGGCGUGACGGCGGCGGACAUCAAGCGAGUGACCACCAAGAUGCUGCGCAGCAAGCCGGCCGUGGCGGCGCUGGGAGACCUGAGCGAGCUGCCCUCCUACGAACACAUCCAGGCCGCGCUGUCCAGCAAGGACGGCCGCCUGCCCCGCACCUACCGCCUCUUCCGAUAGACCAACCCCCGCUAUAGUUCACCUGUACAGAAAUCGGACUGGAAGUUCACACAGGCGUCUCCUCCCAGCAGAGCCCGGCGCCCCCGGGUCCGGGAGGACCGGGGCCGCCCACAGGGAGAGGCAGGAUUUUAAAGAAACACUUUGUACUCCACCGUAAUCUUAGACAGCUAGCAGCUGGAAAAUCUGUAUUUAUUGUCUGUGUGCAGGAAGCCAUACAUCGAUACAGGUUUGGUUUUAAGGGGACAGUGGGCCCCUGAAAUAAAGUAACUUCUCCUUAAAAACAAACGCGUAAUACUUAUCCGCCGUGGUGUCUGUGGAUGAGUGUCGGUAGGCUGACUUCACGGCCUGAGAAGCGGCUUAUUGUUGAACUAUUUUUUUGAAAGCGCGUCGACUCUUUUGUGUUGUUUUUGUUUGUUUGAUUUGGAUCAGUUGUUACUUUAGUUUCUUAUAGGUCUAAAGUCAUGGUUUUAAAGAUGUGUAAAGAGGCCUGAAUCUGAAGGGAAACCUCAGAAUCUGAGUGUGUGUGUGUGUACAUGAUUGUGUUGAUUCCCUUAAAAAUAAACUGGUGAAUUACAAGAAAGGAAGUUGGCACUUUUAGCUUUCAUGUUGGCUCAGCAUAAAUGGCAAACUGGAAAUGAGGGAAAUCAUGACUAGUCUUUUUUUUUUCUUAAAACAAUGGAGUGUUGCAUUUGAAUGGCCAAGCUUUAAGACACUAUAUGGAUUUUAAGUUAAGCAUUUAUGCUAACCUAACAUGUAAGAGAAGUAGCACCUGUUUGGUGGAUGAAGUAAUUUAUAAAAAGCUUUUCCUUACAUUCAGAACUGUGCAAAUCACCCCAUUUUUUUCUUUUUUUGGGUUAGUUUUAAUAUUAAUUGGUCGUACUGAUACAUAUGUAUCUUUGAUGGAGCAUCGCAGUAUGUCUGGUUGGUCAGUUUGUAAUUUACACAAGCAGAGAAUUGUUUAAUCUGUUAACAUGAAGUCAUGGAUGCAAUAUGAAAAUAAACUAGUAUCUUUUUGCCUGACGUGCUGGUCCGAAAGGGGGGAGAAAAAAAUUAAGAAAAGGAAAAACUUGUCAGACUAAGAAAGUGUUUUCUUACAGUUGAAAUACUUCUUGACCACAGUGAAUAAAUAAUGUAAAGUCUUAACUGUCUGCACACUGAUGUAAAUACAGGAAUAAAAAUGUUUAUUUUACGAGGUCUUGCUUUUCUAUCAGGUGGACAAAAU